CUUAUUAAUUUGGUACGCUAGGGGAUACCUUCUACCUACAUAUCUACUGCAAAAAAAUAUCAACAUGUCCUCUAGCAUCGCCAUCGCCAUACCAAAACGCAACCAGGCUGCUCAGGGUCGGAGUCAGGCCUUGGCUGGUGACUCGAGCUCCAGCUAUCCCUCAUCACCAUCCUCUUUCUCGCCCUCAUCCUCCCUCUCAGCAAAACAAAAAAGCAAACUCCCCGUCGGCGCCCUAUCUUCCUCUUCACCACCACUCAGUCCCCGACGUCCAAGUCUGCUGGGAAGUUCUCUGAGCAAGAGCGAGUACACGGUCAUCAAUCUCGGGGGUGGAGAGCAGAGUCUGAGAUUGGUGAGUUGUGUUAAGAGUUCGCAGGGCUUUGACUGGAAUCAGGAGCUUUUCUUGCCGUCGUAUGCGAAUGAUGGGUAUGAUGGUCAGGAUCUUGAGCAUCGUCCUGAUCCGGUUUUUGAUAUCGUUUUGACGGAUGAGGAGGCGGAGGCGAUUUUGCCGUCUUGAUCAGGAUUUGGCUAUGAGGAAGUUGUGUAUGUAUCGGUUUAGCAUGGUGCUUUGGCGAAGGGGAUAGUACACAAUUAUGGGGGUUUUGGGUUGGGGAGUUUGUGGUUUUGUAUGGGGAGAUUAUGCUAUGGGAUUCUGAUCAUUCAUUAUGGAGUUGGAUAAGACUAUGGUGGUGUGGAUUUAUGGCGUGUGUCUCUACUCUUGUGGCUAGGUAUACAGCAGCAAGUCCUCGAGCCUUUGUGGUUGAGUUGUCGUUCUCG